AUGUCGACGCCUCCGACACCAGCUUCCGCGCCGGCCGCAGCGGCCGCGGUGACGCAGAAGGCGGACCAGCAGGCGGACAAAGCAGCAAAGGCUGCCGCGAAGAAGGCGCAGGCGAACGCGGCCAAGGAGGCGAAGAAGGCGAAGCGUGCUGCCGCCGUCGCGGCGCGUGGGGGUGGUGCGGACCCGCGCACGGUCGAGACCCCCGCCGCUGCUGGAGGCGCGACGACGUCUGCCCCGGCGCAGAGCGGACGGCCUGCUGCCGGUGCUACCCCCGCCGGUGCGUCGGGACCUUCAAGACACCGCCGCGCGAUUGCUGCUGCCGCCGCCGCUGCGUCGAGCACGAACGCCCCCGGCAACCCCGCCUCCAACUUCUUCUCGCACCUCCCGACCCCGAAUGACCCGGGCACGCCUGCAGCCUUCCAGAGCGGGAAGCUGCAUCCCACGAUUGUCCGCCUGGGCGUCCUCAUUGCGUCGGGAACGCUCCGCGGAGCCAGCGCGAGGACAUACGGUGUUCUGUCCGCGUUCCAAGAUGUCGUGCGCGACUAUGCCUGUCCCGAAACCGCCGUGUUCUGGAAAGACCUCUCGACGCACAUCUCGCCCAUGAUCGCGUACCUCGAGACGUGCCGUCCGAAGGGAGUCGGCGUCGGCAACGCGAUCCGCUGGUUCAAGAGCGAGAUCACCAAGCUCGGCGAGAAUCCCGACGCCGAGAACCGCGAGAACGAGGCCGCCCAGAAGGAGUACCUCGUCAAGGCUAUUGACGGGUACAUUUCGGAGCGGAUCGAUAUGGCCGGCCAGGUCAUUGCCGACAAUGCAAAGGAGAAGGUCCGCGACGAGGACACCAUUGUCGUGUUUGCGCGCAGCAGUGUGGUCGAGCGCGCGCUGCUCGAGGCCUGGGCCGAGAUGCAGGCCAGGGGGGAGAGCUUCAAUGUCGUCGUCGUCGACUCGAGGCCUCUGCAUGAGGGCCGCGCGCUCCUUGCGUCCCUCACCGCCGCCGGCGUGCCGUGCACGUAUACCCUUCUCCCGCUUGCGUCGACGGCGAUCGCGCGUGCGGACCUCGUUCUUCUGGGCGCCUCGGCACUGCACUCGGACGGCGCCCUGCACUCGCGUGCCGGAACCGCCGUCGUGGCCAUGCUCGCCAAGGAGCACCGCGUGCCCGUCGUCGCGUGCGUUGAGACCUUCAAGCUCUCGGAGCGCGUCACGCUCGACGACCUCGCCGCCAAUGAGCUCGGACACCCCGAGGACAUCCUGUCUAUCCCGAACGCGAAGAAGCUCGAGCUCCACAAGCCCCUCCCCGAUCUUCUUACGCCGCUUAACCUCCUGUACGACCUCACGCCGCCUGAGAACAUCACGGCCGUGUGCACCGAGCUCGGAUUCGUGCCGCCCUCCUCUGUCCCGACGCUGCUGGGCAAGAGUGGCGCGGCGUAG